AUGCCAGGGAUAGAUCCGAACAUAAUCUGCCACAAGCUUGCCAUAAACAAAACAUGCAAGCCAAUCGCCCAGAAGAAGAGGAACCUCGGAACAGAAAAAAUGAAGGCAGCCCUUGAAGAGACAAAGAAACUUCUCAACGCUGGCUUUAUAAAAGAGCUCUACUUCACCACAUGGCUCUCAAAUGUGGUAAUGAUCCUCAUGCACCCGGAAGACCAAAACAAAACUGCCUUUAUAACAGAACACGGAAAUUUUUGCUACAAAGUUAUGCCAUUUGGUCUUAAGAAUGCAGGAGCAACAUACCAGAGACUCAUGGACAAGGUCUUCCAACAACAAAUAGGAAGGAACAUGGAGAUCUAUGUCGAUGAUAUGGUAGCAAAAACCUCAGAACAAGGAUCACAUUGUGAUGACCUAGAAGAAGUCUUCCAACAGAUCCGAGCAUAUAACAUGAGACUGAACCCUGAAAAAUGUGCAUUCGGAGUUCAAGGAGGAAAAUUCCUCAGAUUCAUGCUGACCUCACAAGGAAUUGAAGCAAAUCCAGAAAAGUGUCAAGCCAUCCUCAAAAUGAACAGUCCAAAAACAAUAAAAGAAGCACAGCAACUAGCAGGGCGAAUUGCUGCACUAUCACAAUUCCUACCCGCAGUAGCAAACCGAUCAUAUCAUUUCUUCCGAACAAUCUCGAAGAAUAAAAAGUUCAACUGGACAGAAGAAUGCGAACGAUCUUUCACAGAACUUAAGCAAAUAUUAUCAUCACCGCCAAUUCUUCAAAAACCAGAGCUCGGUAAACCAUUAUAUUUAUACUUAUCAAUAUCUAACCAUGCCGUAAGCUCGGUGCUAGUUUCUGAAACAGGAAAAAUACAAAACCCGGUGUACUUCGUCAGCAGAGUUCUACAACCAGCAGAAACCAGAUAUCCAAGAAUAGAACAGCUCGCAUUAGCCCUGAUACUACCCGACUUUAUAUCCAAGCUAACAACCGAAGACAAGCAAACAAAACAUAACUGGAAACUCUAUGUAGAUGGUGCAGCAAACAAGGAUGGAAGUGGAGCCGGAGUAACACUUAAAGAAAGUGAACAGGUCAUAGCCGAGCAGUCAUUGCAAUUUUUCUUUACAGCAAGUAAUAACCAGGCAAAAUAUGAAGCUCUUCUGGUCGGAUUAAAGCUCACCCAAGAUUUGCAGAUAACACACCUCACUGUAUAUUGCGACUCCCUACUCGUCGUUCAGCAGAUCAAAGGCGAGUUCCAGGUAAAAGAUCCUUUGCAAGAGAAAUACUGGCUCAUAGCAAAGGACCUUAUUGCAAAAUUUCAUAAAAUAGAAAUAAUACAUGUGAACAGAGAGCAAAAUGCAAGAGCCGAUGUUUUAUCUAAAUUAGCAACAACAAGGCCACAAUCACACAUGCCAACACUUUCACAAUUAACACUUGACAAACCAAGCUUUGAAUUUAAUAGUAUGUUGAGCAUUACACAGGAAAAAGAUUGGAGGACACCGUUCCUCGAGUACAUUAAAACAGGGAUCAUCCCAACAGACGAACAGAACCAAAAACUCUUUCGAAGAAGAGCAAGCUAUUAUACAAUCGUCAGGGACAACUUAUACAGACGAGGAUUUUCACAACCACUCCUAAGAUGCAUAAGCAAGGACGAAGCUGAAACAGUAAUGGCAGAAACCCAUGAAGGGAUAUGCGGCAACCACAUAGGAGGCCGAGCAUUAUCCGCAAAGAUAUUACGCAUGGGUUACUAUUGGCCAACCAUGAAGAGAGAUUGCAUUGCCAAAGUAAAAAAAUGUGACAAUUGCCAAAAACAUGCCAUGAUAUCCAAAACACCCGCAAAGGAACUACACACUCUAGAGGUAAGCUGGCCUUUCGAUAGAUGGGGAUUGGAUAUCCUCGGCCCCUUCCCGAAAGUGCCAGGACAGGUAAAAUUUCUUUUGGUAUCAAUAGAUUAUUUUUCAAAAUGGAUUGAAGCACAACCUCUAGCACGAAUAACAGCUGAAAAGGUGAGAUCUUUCCUAUGGAAAAACAUCAUCUGCCGUUAUGGUAUACCUAGAGAAAUAAUCUCUGACAAUGGAAGACAGUUUACAGAUCAAAAUCUCGCCUUAUUUUUACAAAACUUCAAUAUAAAACAUCACUUUAGCUCGGUCGAGCAUCCACAAACAAAUGGCCAGGUAGAAUCGGCUAACCGAGUUGUUUUACAGGCCUUGAAAAAGAAAUUGGACGAUGCUAAGGGGGAGUGGGCUGACCUUGUUCCAGAGGUCCUAUGGGGUUACAACACAACAACUCACUCAGCAACUGGAGAGACCCCGUUCAAACUAGUGUAUGGCGCAGAAGCCCUCAUACCCGUAGAAGUCGGAACGCCUACACUCCGAACCGAACUAUAUAAUCGGACCAGAAACAGCGAAGAAAGAGCAACCGAUCUAGACCUCCUUGAGGAAGAAAGAGAAAUAGCAACCAUAAAGCAGCAAGCCAUGAAGCAGUUCCUACAAAAACGGCAUAACAGAAGAGUGGUCCCCAGAAUAUUUGAAAGUGGGGAACUUGUACUCAGAAAAACAGAAGAGGCAAGAAAGCCCAAAGCCCACGGAAAGCUAACAGCAAACUGGGAGGGACCAUUUCGAAUCAACAAAGUACUCAGCAAAGGAGCAUACCAAUUGGAGACACUGUCAAGGGAACCAGUAUCAGGAAACUGGAAUAUAUCCUCCUUGAGGAAAUAUCUAUCAUAA